UCGACUUUAGUCUCAUCAAGCCAUCUAAAGAAGGCAGUUCAAAAAUCAACAACAAGAAAAUGAAGUUCUUCAGAGCUGUAUCCUCGUUGCUUAUCAUAACGAGUCUUGCUCAAGGAAAGACGUAUGAGGAUCUCGUCUGUUCCUUGGAACCCCGGCCAGUGGGGCUUUGUGUCAACCGAAUUGUGGGAUAUACCUAUUCGGAGUUAAGGAACCGGUGCGUAAUCUAUGAGGCCAGGGGAUGUGAUGUGAGGGGAAACUACUUUACUAACAGGGACGACUGUGAGGUCAAAUGCAAGCCGGCGUCCACCCUUACAACUAGUCUCUUCAGUUAUUAUGUGGAAAGAUAUUUUUUCAAAAUUCGCAACCUUUUAAGAAGAAUGUUUAAUUCAAAUUUGGAAAAUGGAUGGAAAAUGCAGAACAGGGAAGAGCGGGGUGGUGAAAGGGCUGGCAGAUUGGUGGAAAUCUGUGUGUUUCUGCCACGAGCCGUCGCCAAAAACGGGGAAAUUCAAUCAGAGCGGGAGGAUUACGAUUUGGAGGGGACUUUGGAAGCGGAUGUGGAUGCAGUGUUCGCAAAAUUGCAUUAG